CAGACUCCAGUUCAACUAUGGACUGAUAACCUCGUUGCGAGGUUCUCGGGAUGGAUCUGUUCAGGGUGCGGCUGAACUGUAUUGACCAUUACCAAGCGUUCCCAACUCGAUUUGACCCCCAACUCCGCCGUGAUGUGGCCCCUUCUGAAAUCAACAACGAACCAAAAGUGCCUGUCGUCAGAGUCUUUGGGACUACUGAAACAGGCCAAAAAGUUUGUGCCCAUAUACAUGGCGCAUUCCCAUAUAUCUAUAUUGACUAUAAUGGCCAGGUCACAUCUGAUGAAGUCGGUGCCUACAUCCAUAGGCUCCACCUUUCGAUUGACCACGCACUUGCUGUGAGUUAUCGCAGGGGCGUGUAUGACCGCAGAACAAGGUUUAUUGCUCGUAUAACGCUGGUAAAAGGUGUUCCGUUUUACGGUUAUCAUGUUGGAUAUCAGUAUUACCUCAAAAUCUAUGCCUUAGACCCAGUGGUUAUGACUCGUCUUGCCGACCUCCUCAGGCAAGGUGCCAUUAUGAAACGAGUGUUCCAACCCUACGAAGCGCAUUUGCAAUUUAUUAUGCAAUGGAUGACUGACUACAACCUAUAUGGUUGCGGCUAUAUCGACAGCCGACAGGUAUACUUUAGAGGGCCAGUUCCAAAGUAUGAGGAGCUAGAUAGGCUAUCACACCUCUGGCACGAUCGUUCUAUUCCUGCCGAGUUUGUCAUAAGCGAAGCCAAACUCCCGAGGGUAAGCCAUUGCUCUCUCGAGGUGGAUAUCAUGGUACAAGACAUUCUUAAUAGGCUGGAAAUUGUCCAGAGACCGCUCCAUCAUGAUUUCAUUGAGCGGUCAAAUCCGCUUCCACCGGAUCAAAAGCUGGUCCAUAGCAUGUCGGAAUUGUGGAGAGAUGAAACCAAGCGUCGCAAAGCCAAAAUGAAAGCUGUGGAACCUGGAAGCAACGCAUCCCCCCCCGAAGUUUUAAUUUCAAUGUCUGCUGGUCCCCGAAGCUCUCAGAAAGGCCGGUGGGUGCAUGAGGAAGAGUACAUGGAGCUUGUACAUAGCAGGAUACAGGAAGAACGAGCCAAGAGCGAUGGAUCCAAUAUAUCCUUUGACACAUACAUUAAGCCGAAGCCGGACGAGGAUGAUAUUAAUACUACUUUCCAAUCUGUGGAAGACCUCUACCCCGAAAAUCUUGGUCCAAUUCUUGGCAUGAAGCCCGAGGAAAAUCCAGUACUUCCAAAGGAAGAGUUCAUAGCUGGGAAUAUCGAAGUCGACGAGAACCGCAUCUUUAAUAUCUCUGAUGAGAAUGAGUUCCCAUAUGAUUCAGAUGACGACCUCCUAUGUGACAUUGAACAGUCGGAGGAGAAAAAGGAUCCACCACCUAUCAUGGCGACUAGCAGCUUCAAAGCCGAGCAUACAGUUGACCACAACUCUGUGCCACUAAACAAUGUGCCAAGGGUGCACGAAGCUGAGGAUCCAUGUUCGCUUAUAGAACUGGGCGACAGAGAGCACCACCCUACAAAAGCACGGAUUUAUGAACCUAGAAGAGAUGCAACCCCUACUUCUGCUCUAGAGCUUGCUUCUUCGAACUCUACGGCCGAAGGGCUGCUCCGAGAUAUAAAGGUGGCAACGCCACUGGGGGGAAGCAAGACAACAAGUCUUAAGCGAUCAAUAACUCUGAUCCCCUCUGAUGAAGGGUACAGCAAACGUUCUAAACUUGACUUUGCUAUUGCGCCAAUCCAAUCGACGUUCUCGGCUGCUGAGUCGCGCCCCCACCAAGCACUUCCAGGAUAUGGAAGCAUGGCAGAAAACGGAAGCUGCAAUAUCAGAAAUCGGGGUAACAUACUUUCGGAAAGAGAUCAUCAUAACUUACUAAUGUUGCCAACUGUCAAUGGCCUUUCUCAUACUCUGAACUUGGGCAAAAGGCUGCCGCGCCACAAUGUCGACAGUGGUAAACUGGACCCCCAGCCUCUUCCCAAUCCAGAUCCCAUACAUCUACAAGAAAUAGACACGGUGUUUAGGCAUUCGCAGUACGGCUCUUCACAAGACCAAGGAGAGACUUCUUUUAACGAAAACAAAAAUCUGUUCGGUGUUACAUCCCGUUCGAUACAGACCCAACUUGAAUCAGAAGCACAUCGCAUUGCAUCCCCUAGCGAGCAACAAAAGCUGGUCUCAAGUAUAACUUGGGACUUAAGGAACACAAACUGGGUCGCUCGAAGUAAAUCUGUCGCGGCUUUCGCCAAAUCACCGCCUUUGAAAGAAACAGUCACCCCUACCCUCCAUCCACCUGUCAUAUAUCAAGGUCCUUACUAUGGCAAUGAGCUAGAUGUGCCCGAGCGACCUACAGAAUGGGCGGGCAAAGAGUUUAAGCUUGAGAGUUUGACUGUCCCGUUUCUUCCGGAUUUUGACGAAACAGGUAGCUCGGCUGCUAGUUUAGGGGAAAAGCCUGCGAUUGUACAUAACAAACCAAGUGAAAAGCAUAUAUAUGAACAUCGACAGCAACGGUGCAGAUUACGAGUUUGGGAAAUUGGAAAGCCAGCGCCAGCAUUUAACGAUGUAGCGGACUGGGAACGUAAGGAGGUCUUGGCGAAAGCAAAGUCAGGAACCCUGAAGUCAAGCAGACAACCUAGUCUGCAACCUGAAAACAGUGCCCAUUCACAAAUUGAGGGCCCGACACAGACGAAUAAGCACGGUUUUCAAUAUACCCAGCCACAUAAUACAUCAACCUUGCAAAACAAUGCGCAGUAUAUGAGUGUAAUGAGCCUCGAAGUUCAUAUCAAUACCCGAGGCAAUUUAGCCCCGAAUCCACAAGAAGAUGAAAUACAGUGCGUGUUUUGGAAUCUUCAGUUGGGUGAAGACCAUCCUGAUAACCUCGGAACUGGCGGAGUUAGCCAUGGAGGAAUUGUUGCUUUGUCAGAGAAUGGCCAAACGGCGAGGAACAUAGCAAAACAAACUCCCAUCCACGUCUUCGAAGAGUCCUCGGAGCUUGACCUCCUCGUUCGAAUCGUCGAAUUUGUAAGAGCAAAUGACCCGGAUAUUCUAACGGGCUAUGAAGUUCACAAUUGCUCAUGGGGCUACUUGGUUGAACGAGCAAAGUUGAAGUAUGAGUAUGAUCUCUGUGAGGAGCUCUCCCGCAUGCACACACACUCUCGUGGACAUUCUGAAAAAGACAGCGAUAAAUGGGGAUCUAGACAUACCUCAGCGAUCUCAGUGACUGGACGUCACAUGAUAAACAUAUGGCGAGCCAUGCGGAACGAACUCAACCUGCUGCAAUACACGAUGGAGAAUGUGGUAUUCCACCUGCUACAUCGCCGAAUUCCCCACUAUGCCUGGCGAGAUUUAACUAUGUGGUAUACCAGUGGAAAAUUCGCAGACCUAGCAAAGGUCAUUGAGUAUUAUUUGUGUCGGGUGCAGCUUAACCUCGCAAUAUUGGACCAGAGUGAGCUUAUUACAAGGACCAGUGAGCAAGCACGUUUGCUGGGCGUGGAUUUUUUUUCUGUGCUUUCAAGAGGCUCGCAAUUCAAGGUGGAAUCUCUUAUGUUCCGAAUUGCUAAACCAGAAAAUUUCGUAUUAGUGUCUCCCAGUCGAAAACAAGUUGGUGCACAAAAUGCAUUGGAGUGUCUUCCACUAGUUAUGGAGCCUCAGAGCGCCUUUUAUACCAGCCCGUUGCUGGUGUUGGACUUCCAGAGUUUGUAUCCAAGUGUGAUGAUCGCCUACAAUUAUUGCUAUUCGACAUUCAUGGGGCGAAUUGUGAACUGGCGAGGCGGGACUGGUAAAAUGGGCUUCACCGAAUAUCAGCGACAGGAUCGAUUGCUGGAGCUGUUGAAGGACUUCAUCAAUAUCUCUCCAAAUGGGAUGAUGUACACCAAACCCGAAAUUCGGAAAUCUCUGCUUGCAAAGAUGCUGGGAGAAAUCUUGGAGACACGAGUAAUGGUAAAGAGUGGGAUGAAAUUUGACGUAAACGACAAAACCACCCAGAAACUUUUAAACAAUAGGCAGCUAGCCCUGAAAUUAAUAGCCAACGUUACUUACGGCUACACAUCGGCGUCUUUUUCAGGCCGCAUGCCUUGUGUGGAAAUUGCAGAUAGUAUUGUCCAGACUGCACGCGAGACACUGGAGAAGGCGAUUGCCCUCGUACACUCAGUCAAGCGUUGGGGCGCAGAAGUCGUCUAUGGAGAUACUGAUAGCAUCUUCAUCUAUCUCAAAGGAAGAACCAAGGACCAAGCAUUUGACAUUGGGAAUGAGAUUGCGGAAAGGGUUACAAAUAUGAACCCUCGACCAGUGAAGCUGAAAUUUGAGAAAGUCUAUCUUCCCUGUGUGCUUCUGGCAAAGAAGCGAUACGUCGGCUUCCAAUAUGAGAAAAAGGACCAACAAGAACCGAAAUUCGAUGCCAAAGGAAUUGAAACUGUUAGACGGGAUGGCACUCCAGCUGAACAAAAAAUCGAAGAGAAGGCGUUGAAGAUUCUUUUCCGAUCUGCAGAUCUCAGUCAAGUUAAAGACUACUUUCAAGCACAGUGCGAGAAGAUAAUGACAGGCUCAGUGUCAAUCCAGGAUUUUUGCUUCGCGAAAGAAGUGAGACUUGGAAGCUACAGCGAUAAAGGGCCUCCGCCGCCUGGUGCACUCAUCAGCAUAAAGCGCAUGUUAGAAGAUCACAGAGUUGAGCCCCAGCACGGUGAGCGAGUUCCAUACGUAGUCAUUACUGGAGAGCCAGGUGCAAGACUAAUUGAUCGAUGCGUCGCUCCCGAGACGUUACUACAAAGCGACCACAAUGAGCUUGACUCCGAGUAUUACAUUUCAAAAAACUUGAUUCCUCCAUUGGAGCGAAUAUUCAGCCUUGUGGGUGCGAACGUUCGUAGUUGGUACGACGAAAUGCCCAAGGUCCAACGGGUUCGGCGCGUAGAUGUCGGCCCGCAACUGGCUGGCCAGCCAGCAGAUGUUCCAUUCAACAAAAAGACAUUAGAAUCAUACAUGAAGUCAUCGUCGUGUCUCGUUUGUCAAGACAAGCUCGAAUCCAACGCUGCUAUCUGCCCAACAUGCCUUGGAAAUCGCCCAUCAUCUAUGUUAGCUUUACAGACCAGGCUAACCGCUAUGGAAAGGAAGUAUCAGGAACUGGAAAGUGUCUGCCGAAGCUGCUCCAAUAUAUCCUGGACUGAUGAAGUCAGGUGCGACAGCAAAGAUUGUCCGGUGUUUUAUUCGCGAGUGAAAGAAAAGGCGAGACUUACGACGGAGCGGAAAGUCGCUGGGCGUCUGAUGGAGAGAUUGCAAGGAGAUAGUAGCGGCCAUGAAGACCUGGAAUGGUAACUGGAUACACACACGUGCAAGGCCCUCAAGCCAAAUGUGCACUCACAGUUUAUCUUUCCAUAAACAACCCCGCCAACAUUUCUGAGACUUCAGGGCCAGUAAUAAUAGUACUGCGCAGUCAUGCCUGGCUGUAAUAUAUGUAGGGCACCUUUCGAGUUAAAUUAUAACUUGGGAUACUUCUUGUAAUUUAAUACAUAAUAAUACAGACAAC